AUGCAAUCACUGGGGGCUUUGCAAGGACAAGGACCUGAGAUAGUCGCAGAGGUCACCGCCUUUAAGUCCCUGUGGGACCAUCCAAGUGUCCCCCAUGACUUUUCUGCCUACUUGAAGAAUGACUUGCCCCAGACUGGGCUAGUUGUCGUGUCAUUUCACGAUGCGACAAUUGUCGUUCUGAGUUGGUUCCAUACCUUCUUUGACAUUCCGGGCAAGGCGGAGCUGCUUCACGCCUGGUCUAAAAUUGUGAACGACAACCCGAGCCAAGUUGGGACGCCGCACGAUGCAGACGAGGACCCCCUGACUCACCUCGGGCUUCACCACACCGAACCCUACGUGCUCGAAGGGCUGCGGCUGACCGGGUUUCCAUGGAUUGUAUUUGCAAUCAGAACCCUAUACAAUGCCAUGUUCAAAACUUAUCGAACCCGUGUCCUGCGGUUUCCGGCGGCAUUCUUGCACGAGAUGCGCCAACAAGUAGCGAGCGACUUGUCAUCCAGCGAAGGCGGUGACCUCAACGACACGAGACCGUUUCUGAGCGACGAUAAUCUCAUCACUGCUUGGUGGGCUCGAUUGCACACAGCGACCCGGAAGGACCCACGCGGUACUGUCAACAUCUUCAGUUCUCUCGGCAUUCGUAAAGCACUGCAAGACGACCUCCUGCCGUCGUCCAAGCCUUAUCUGUCCAACGCAUUUCAGUGGUACACUGUCUUGGUGCCCGCGCAAGAAGUUAUCACCAGCGGCCUAAGCCACCUGGCUUCACUAAUACGUAAACGGGUCACGGAAAGUCGCACGCGUCAACAAGUUGAGGCAUAUUCCGCGCUGGUGAGGGAGAAGGAAGGUACCCUGACCAUGCCUGUUUUCGGCGAUGCCACAAUGACGGUUCUUAUGGGCACCAGCUGGUGCCACGGGAAGUUAUUCGACUUGAACCUGACUGGAGCUGUUGUUAAAAAUGCCUCUACGGGCGUUGGCGCACCUUCACCCAGAUCGGGAUUCCCUUCUUACGUUCAGUACACUUCUAAUUAUACCGUUCGCCUCGACUAUCUGGUCACUGUUGGCAAAGAUCAUGAUGGGAACUACUGGUUGAACGCAGGCACAGAUGAUGCUCACUGGGAACGAAUCGAGCGGAAUCUAUGCAUUUCUGGGAAAAUGUGA